AAAGAUUCAAACUUUGGUUUUUUAUUCUAUUUAUGCAUUUAAAAAACAUUAUUUAUUAAUAUUAGUUACAUUAUUGAUUAGUCCUUAGUUGCAUUUUCAUCUUAUUCUGAAACUCUGCCAACACAAAGGCGCUUUUCAUGGCAGCUUUAAGAUGGAAUCUAUAACAUUAAAAAAAAGUGUAUUUUGUGUGUGGUUUGGAUGUUAUUAAUUACCUACCUCGUUUUACAUAAUGCAAUUCUGUAGUUUAUUUCAGGCAUAAGUCUGCCGAUUUUCUAAAUUUUUUAAGUAAAUUAUAACCUCGGUUUUCUGAUACUGUACAUGUGCUUGGUUCAUCCUGUGGAAGGAAAUCUGUAAGGUGAAAUAAACAUUAUUUGAGCUCUCGUCAUCAUAAAAUAUACCUAUAAAACACUCGAACAAGAUGAAGCUUCUGUAGACCUAUUAUCCUAAUAAAAAAAAUUAAAAAAAAAGACAAACCAAUCUCAACCGUUUAACUAAUCUUUACAUUUUUUCCCACCUAGAAGGAUCCCUCAGCAGCGUCUCCGGAGUCCUCGCAGCUGGAAAACGAUUUAGAACAUCCUCAAACAUUGAGCCUGAUCGACGACGAGGAAGAACCCAUGGCACCGAUACUGGUGGCCAAUCCGAUGCUGAGCUGCGCUGCGUCCCUUACGUUGCAAACAGAUGACGCUCCUCCUCCUUCUUCGCCGACCGCUUCCUAUCGUGAUGAGGACUUUCUGAUGACCGUUUCGCCCAGCUUGCUGACCCCCUCAGAUUUGGAGCUGUGGCGCGCCAUCCAGAAGGGUUUGAUCGACCCCAAGGCAAUUCCGGUUGAUUUAAGAGGCGGACUUUGUUCGCCGACGCCGAGCAAAUGCGGUGGCAAGGUGCCCAAAUCGAUGACAACUAGCCCAUCGGCUCAGCUUGCUCAGGAUUUGCUUAACGACCGCGCCGUUGGAGUUGGUGGCAAUCUGCUCACGGUGCUGGAUCCCGGAAUGACCAUCAGCGGUAUGAGAAUCGAUGACGAAGUGAUGACCGGUGGGCAGGAUUUCGAAAUGACCAUCCCAGCCAAUGAGAUUUUGCAGACAAAUCUCAUUUGAUUGACGGAGAAACUUUAAGCCCCUUUAUUAUAAUUCGAACAAUUUUGGCAAAAUCAUUUCACGAAAAAAGUUAAUUCUAAGCAUUUAAGGUUAAGAUUUAAAAAAUUCUUAAUGCUCGAACUAUUGUAAUGGAGUAUUUCAGAAAGGUUGUUUUUUAGUAGUCCAUAAAUUUACUUUAGAACCCAAUCCCGAUUCAACAUUAACAAAUGUCAUAACAAAGUACGAGCUCCUAGUGUCAUAAAGAAAUAUAUGUUGUUCUUCAUAGUUUUAUUACAAAAGUUUGGAUUUUGUGUUAUUAUCGAACUGUUUUUGAUUUUUUGUGAGGUUCAAGCUGUUUAUGUAGAAGUUAAUAUUUUUCAAAGGUGGUGGUACAACGCAUAUAUUUUUCCAAAAUUUUACUCCUUUUUAUUCAUAAAAUACCUUAGUAUAAGAACAGUAAUGUUGGAAGAAUAUGACCAACCGAUAUGUGCAGAAACUAGUACACCUCAGUUAAUCAGUAACAAGUCGCACGCUUUUUAAGUUCGAAACCAUACUUGACCAAAAGCAGAAAUGAUGUCAUAUCCCUUUAAUUGUUCUAAAAUGUAAACCAUUAUGUUAAUAUCCGUUUUAAAAAGUUAUAUCCGGUUAUCUUCAAACAAACAUUCAAAUGACGCAGAACAAACGUGCACAAAUGAGGCAUUGAUACAAAGUAGAUUAUAACACAAAUACUGCAGCUAGUAAGUAACAUUUAAAAAAAAACAUCAAUACAUUUCCACUCGUUUUAUUGCUUUGAUUUACUUCUGGUGUCUAGAUUUUUUUUAUUGAUAGGUAUAAUUUCAAAAGAAAAUAUUAUCUGAAUAUUGAAGUGUUGUAGUUUGUUUCCUUUUUCUUUCGUCAAUGUAACAAAUAUAUUUUCCCAUAUGAGGUACUAAAUGUUAGACGUCAGUGUUUUACGAAAAAUAAAUCUAAAACAAAAUCAAAA